UCCACUUCCACUUCCUGUCCGAUCCUGGGUGUUGCAGGUCUGUUUAGCUGAGAGGUCCUGCAGAGAUUUGUGUCUGCAAUGGCUGAUGAUCAAGAGAGCGACUUGCAGAGAUUUCUGGAAAAUGUGGAUGAAAUCACCAACUUAAUUCAAGAGAUGAAUUCCGAUGAUCCCACCAUACAACAGAAAGCUGUCCUGGAGACGGAAAAGAGACUGCUGCUGAUGAAGAGAGAUCAAGAGGAAGACGGAUGCAGGACCACCUUGAACAAGACCACGAUCAGUCCCCCACAAGCACCCAAGAAUGCAGAUGAAAUGAACCCAGAGGCCUUCUUGGCAUCCGUGGAGAAGGAUGCAAAGGAACGAGCCAAGAGAAGACAGGAAAGCAGAAUCCUAGCAGAUGCCCUAAAGGAAAAGGGGAAUGAAGCCUUCACCAAGGGUGACUAUGAAACAGCCAUCCUCUACUAUAGUGAGGGUUUGGAGAAGCUGAAGGACAUGCAAGUGCUGUAUACCAACCGAGCCCAGGCUUAUAUAAAACUCGGGGAGUAUGAGAAGGCCCUCGUGGAUUGUGACUGGGCUCUGAAGUGUGAUGAAAAAUGCACGAAAGCCUAUUUCCACAUGGGGAAAGCCCACCUGGCCCUGAAGAACUACAGCAAGUCUAGAGAGUGUUAUCAGAAGAUUGCAGAGAUAAAUCCCAAGCUGCAGACACAGGUGAAAGAAUACCUAAAUCAAGUCAUUCUUCGAGAGAAGGCAGAUCUUGAAGAGAAGGAAGCCCAUGAGUAUCUGGAUUCUGGAAAGAACACAGCGAUGACGACUAGAAAUCUCCUGGAGACCCUCUCCAAGCCCGACCAGACACCCUUGUUCUACGCAGGCGGCAUUGAGAUCCUGACAGAAAUGAUGACAGACUGCACAGAACGGACCUUGUUCAGAACACAUGAUGGAUUCAGCACCAUUAUUGACCAUGAGAUCAUAAGAAGGUGCCUCUUCGCAGAAGGGAAAGACGCAGUUGAAGAGGUUCUCUGUGUGGCUGUUUUGAAACUCUGGCAAGCAGUGUGUAGUGACAAUGAGGAAAACCAGCGCCUGCUUGUGACCCACCCUGACAUGGCCAGACUGCUGCCUUCCUUCAUGACCUCCAGCAUCCCGGUUAUUCGGCAACAGAGUCUGGCUCUACUGCUGCAGCUCACCCAGACCGAGAAUGGCCGGAUCCAGGUCAUCAGGCACCUCGACCUGACCCAAUUGUGUGGAGCGCUGCUGUCGUUUCUUGACUUCUCAGACAAGAAGGCCAACACAGCCAUCGGACUACUCACAGAUCUGGCUCUAGAGGAAAGAUUCCAAGUCUGGUUCCGGGCCAACCUUCCAGGUGUCCUCCCUGCACUCACAGGUGUUCUGAACCGAGAACCCAUGUUAACCAGCCCCUCAGCCCUCUGCCAGUGCAUUGCCCUGAUGGGAAACAUCAGUGCUGAUCCUACUGCCCGAAGACACAUGGUAGCCUGUGAAGAAUUUCAGGAUGCCUGUUUGAACCUCCUGGCCAAGUGUGAGGAGGACAUAGACCUAUUCAGAGAGGUCAUCUAUACCCUCCUAGGACUCAUCAUGAACUUGUGUCUUGAGGGUCCCUUCAUCUCUGAGAUGUGGGCCGUGAAGAUGAGCCAGAAGUGCAUGUCUCUACUGAACAGCCAAGACGGAGGGAUCCUGACAAGAGCUGCUGGUGUCCUAAGCCGGACCCUUUCUUCCUCUCUCACCAUCGUGGAGGAGGCUCUGAGAGCGGGGGUGCUGAAGAAAAUGAUUAAAUUCCUGAAGAUGGGAGGCCAGACUGCAUCGCGUUACGCCAUAAAGACACUGGCUGUCUGCACAAACAGCUACCAUCCAGCUCGGGAGGAGGUGAUGAGACUUGAUAAAAAGUUCAACAUUCUGAUAAUGCUGCUUGACUCGGAGGAUGAAAUUCUGGUGGGCAACGCUGCCCUCUGCCUUGGCAACUGCAUGGAGGUGCCCAGUGCUGCCUCUUCCCUGCUGAAGACAGACAUUGUACAAGUAUUGUUGAAGCUGGCAGGCAGAGACUCACAGAAGACAGCUGUGCAGCUGAACGCAGGCAUCGCUCUGGGGAAGCUAUGCACAGCCGAGCCCAGGUUUGUGGUGGUCACCACUGAGCCAGGCCACCCAGCUGGUGGCCACAUCUCCGAAAGAGUGGGGCAAGCCAAGCACUGUGUGAGGAACUCCACGGGGGUACCUCCUGCCUUCCCCGUGGAUGGGGGAGGGGGACCCCAUGCCUAUAGGGGUCCCCAUGAGCUGCGUCUCUAGAAGAGGGUCCUUUGGGGGAAUCACAACCUCCAGCCUGAGAAAUGGAAUAUCUUGGACAGGGUUUGGUCCCAUGCAUAUGGCCACCAUCUUCUUGCCAUUCCCUUCUCCUUCAAGCUGCUCCACUUUGCGUACUCCCCUUUUGUCCUCUCUCUCAUAGAUACCAUCUUUUCUCUUUCCCUCUAUUAUUCAGCUUUCAGACAAUGUGACGAAAAUACCUAAAAAGUCACUUAAAGAACGAUUUCUCCUGCCGUAAGGGUUCAGAGGCUUCAGUCUCCGGUUCCUUCUUGCUUUGAGUCUAUGGCACAGGGCCUUGUGUUAGGUGUGUGCGGCAGAGAGGGGGCUGUUCAUCCACUUCACAGUGGCCGAGAAGCCAAGAAAGACACAGAAAGGGCCCAAUUCCCCAACUACCUUCUGAGAACACCCAUGACCUAAAUUCCCCGCACUAAGCCCAAUGUACUAAAGGUUCUAUCACCUUAUGACAUGGACUGGAACCAAGGCCUUAGUAUGUGGACCUUGGAAGGACAUUUACUAUCCAAACUGUAACAUAUCCUGUCUGCCUCUCCAUCUGUCCCCAAGUCUCUGCCUUGUCCCCUUCCC